UUUUGGAAAAAUACCCUAAAUAGUUUGGAUUAUUCUAAAAUAACCCGAAGUUCGAAUUAUUUUGAGCGGACCGGUCAUAGUUGGGAAUUUGGGAUUAUUUCUUUUAAUCCCUUCCCGAAAAAUAAAAAAUAUUCCUUUGAAUGAGCUAUAAAAAUCUCCAUUUCAUAUCUUUGGUUUGGUAACCUUUUCUUGUGCGCUCAUUUUCUCUCACCUCUUUUGGUUCCAUUUCAGAUCUGCCCAGGAGUUCAUUACAAAUGGGACGCGGUGUAAGCAGUGGAGGUGGACAGAGUUCCUUGGGCUACCUUUUUGGAAGUGGAGAGGCUCCUAAGCCUGCUGCUAGUAAAGUGCAGGCCCCUGUCAGCGCACAACCAGCUGUGAAAGAUGUAGCCCAACCAGUUGCAGAUUCCCAGCCAGUUGAUCUCAAGAAGGUUCCUGCUGGAGUGAAUAGUAACAUAAACAACUACCACCGUGCUGAUGGUCAGAACACUGGAAAUUUCAUCACGGAUCGACCCUCAACCAAGGUUCAUGCUGCCCCUGGUGGCGGAUCUUCUUUAGGUUAUCUCUUCGGUGGUGCUAGUAGUAACUAGUAACUGAAAUAUCCACCAUUUCAAAUAUAGAAAUCCAAGUGUUGAGUUUGUUCUUCAAAGAAUACUGAUAUUCACUUCUGCUGUCGUUGAUGCCAAAAUCAAACGUGGAUUAUUAUAUAAUGUAAACUGUAGAUUUGGUGGUAUUCUGAGAAUUUUCGUUUGAGAA